CUGUUUAAGAUUAUUCGCCGCUAAACUGUUCACUGUUUAUUUCAUCAAACUCCAGAAAAACAAAUAUGUCUAACAGCGACGAAGAACUUCGCCGGAGGAAGUACGAAGAAGCCCUAGAAGUCAAAUCACUUAGGCGCAUCAUCUCCGCCUACCUCAAUUACCCUGAGGCUGCAGAGGAGGAUGUGAAAAGAUAUGAGAGAUCUUUUAGAAGGCUUCCAGUGUCUCACAAGGCUCAUUUGGCACAUCUUCCUUUAAAAUAUCAAAAACUGAGACGGUGUAUCUCAAAGAACACCUUUUUCAUUUUUGAAAUGCUAAAGGCAUUUGAGCCUCCUGUUGAUAUGAGCCAAGAUGAUGAAACUUGUGAACAUCUGGAUGAUGAUGAUGGUUCAUGUGGCCAUCAUCAUGAUCAUGAUCAUCAUCAUCAUCAUCACUCAGGGGAUAGGGAUCCAUGUGCUUGUGAAUCGGCUUCAGUAAGUGGAAGACCAAAUCCUGCAAUAUGUGGUGAAGUUUGCAGUGGGCAUGAGGAGAAGAAUGAAAAUUGUUGUGAUCCAGAAUCUGCAAAUGAAUGCACAACAAACACUCAUAAUGAUGGAUGCGAUAAUAUUACAGAUGUCAAGAAUCAGGAACUUUUUGAUUCCAACAAGGAUAUAUCAUCUGUUCCUCAUGAAUCUGAAUCCCCUGAUAGGUUAGAUUCAAUGCCACAUUUCCAUGUUCCUCUAGUGGAUGUUGACAAGGUUCGAUGUGUCAUCAGGAAUAUUGUCAGAGACUGGGCUACUGAGGGGCAGAAGGAAAGAGAACAAUGUUAUGGGCCUAUUCUUGAAGAGCUUAAACGCCAUUUCCCUAACAUUAAUAAAGAAAGCCCUCCAACAUGUCUAGUUCCAGGAGCUGGAUUAGGAAGACUGGCCUUGGAAAUUUCAUGUCUUGGUUUUGUAAGUCAAGGAAAUGAAUUUUCCUACUACAUGAUGAUCUGUUCAAGUUUUAUUCUCAAUCAGACUCAGGUUAUAGGGGAAUGGACUAUUCAUCCAUGGAUUCACAGCAACUGCAACUCAUUAUCUGAUUCUGAUCAGCUUCGUCCAGUUUCAAUCCCAGAUAUUCAUCCUGCAAGUGCAGGGAUUACAGAAGGUUUUUCCAUGUGUGGUGGGGACUUUGUUGAAGUAUACAGUGACCCAAGUCAAGUAGGAGCUUGGGAUUCAGUUGUAACUUGCUUCUUCCUUGAUACAGCACACAAUAUUGUUGAAUACAUUGAAAUCAUCUCAAAAAUUCUUAAACAAGGGGGAGUGUGGAUAAAUUUGGGUCCCCUACUCUAUCACUUUGCAGAUGUUUAUGGUCAAGAUGAUGAAAUGUCAGUUGAGUUAAGUUUGGAAGAUGUGAAAAGGGUCGCAAUCAAUUAUGGAUUUGAAUUGGAGGUAGAGAAAACUAUUGAAACAACAUACACUACAAAUCCCAAAGCAAUGAUGCAAAAUCACUAUUUUUCAGCAUUUUGGACAAUGAGAAAGAAAUCAUCGACCACAAGUAUACAAGUGAGCAUGGAUGAAUGAUUUAACACGGAUAUCAUAUACAUGGAUCAACAUAAAACAUGUUUUUUUUUCUUUAUUUUAGCAACAUGUGAAUGAACCUUUUUGAAGGGUUUCUCAACAUUUUCUUAAUCUCCUAAAAAUAGAUUUGAAAUUGAUAACUUGUGUUUGUUGAUGACAUAAAAUAAACUUUAUGUUUAGAUAAUAAUAAAUGAUGUGUUUGUUAUAAA